UGCGCCGGAUACUACCUAUAUAAUCUCGCAUCCCCGUCUCUCACACACCGUUUCGCACGCACUCGCACUUUUGGCAUCUCUUCCCCCACCUUCCACAUCUGUUGACCGGAGUACCAGGAAUUAUCACAAUUGCAAAAAGAAGCGAAAAUCCGGGGCACAAUGGCUGAUGAACCCACGCUUCCUACCCUUCCUCCUCCACUCCCGGUCGGCGACAGAAAGAAACGGAGGCGGAACCUGGACUCUCCUCCCACUCAAUCCUCCGCCUCGAGUGACCCGGCUUUCUUCUCUAGUGACGACGAUCCGGCACUCGACAACUAUCACCACAAUGGACGCCGCAAGAAGCGGUACGUGGGCACUUGGUUUAACCAGCAGCCGGCCUCAUCAGAUUCCGCCAUGGGAGAGGAAUCGCUCCCAAGCUACCCUCCGCCUCGCCGCAACAGACCUCCACAGCCUCAAAAGCGAGAAUUUCGACGACAGCUCGACAGUGGUGUCUGGAUGGGGACAGAGGGUUCCCUUACCGACACGGAUGACAGCUUCGACCUAGAGCCCGCUGCUGCCAAAUUUCCCGUCGCGUCGCCACGAACAAAAGUUCUAGUAUCCGCCCCACCCACCUUCUCGCCGCAGGAGCUGGCAGCCCAACGGAUUGCCCGUACCUGUGUCGAGCGUGGGACCGAGCAGGUUGAUCUCAGUUCGCUGAGCCUGGAGACCGUUUCGCCAGAAGUAGUGAAGCUCAUCUCCGAAAUCUCCCCCAUCCCCACCGUUACCAGGGAUGUCGCCUUCGAGCAGAGGGAUCCCGAAAUCCAACUGUACCUUUCUCAGAACCUCUUCCGGAGCUUUCCCACCGCGAUUCUCAAUCUCGAGCACUUGACUUUGCUCAGCCUCCGGGCAAACAAUCUCGAUCAAAUUCCGCCGGCGAUCGGGAAGUUGACAAACCUCGAGGCCCUCAACCUUGGCCAGAACUUCAUCCGCGUCUUCCCCGGCGAGAUGCUAAACCUCCUCCACCGCGGUAGCAAACUCCGCAAUUUGGGUUUCCAGCCCAACCGGUUCUGGCAACCCGACACCACCAUCGCCACCGCUGACACCAUCGCUACUACUACAGCGCGCAGUGACGAGUACGACAACCUAACAUAUCCCAACCGCCCUACCACCAAGCUCGAGUCGUCCUGGUCUGGCAUGACAACCAAGAUCCACUCCCGGAGCGCUGUUCAGUUCAUGGACGGCACCCACCAAACGCUCUCCCGCUUCGCCCUUCCCGACAUCCCGGGCGCACGCGGUGCUCCCAUCGAGCUAGAAUCCCUGACCUCUCUCGCCGUGCCGAAGGAGUUCGCCCCCAAGAUACGCCAGUCGACCACUCCCACCAACAAGGCUUUCAACCCCAAGGGCGCCCGGUCACUGUUUGAGCUCGCCCUGCGCGCAGGCAUCACCUCGCCGCAAGUUGAAGAGGUCCGGGCCUGGGCCCUCCACGCCGAAGAUGCCCCGAGACACUUCUCUCCCGUGGUGGAGCGCGCCGUCAAGAUCCACCGCGAGGGCGGCGUCCGUUGUGCUGUCUGUGGCCGCGACACCUUGAUCCCCAUGGCCCAGUGGGUCGAGUUUCGCCGUAUUGGACGCACCACGAUCACGGUCGAUGCGGAUGGCAAGGAGGUGGAGAAGUUUACAGAAUUGGGAGGUGCGGGUGAGGAGCUCCCGGUGCCGUUCCUCAUGGUGGGCUGCUCAUGGUCGUGUAUCCCAGCCAAGCUGGAGAAGGAGGUGGAUGUGAAGGGCACCACUUGAUGCGGAGGAGCCGUUAUCACAGGGCACUGCGUAGUUUCAACGGGUUCAUGGUUCAAAGGGGAGCUCAAAGGGUCAUUGUCUGGCAGGGAGAUUCAAGAGGCGUUCAUGGGGGAUGACGACGGGGGGAUGACGAUGGAGGAGGAUGACUACGGAGGCUAUCUAGGCGAUGGCUUUAUACCCAGAGGGGAGGAUGGCUGGUGUUUCGGGUCAAAUAGCGCUUGAGGCGGAGGCUCAAGUUUCGUGUACUUCUGCAAUUUUCAGUGCUCGUUCAGCUGCGGGAACCUGCCACUACAGCGGAAUGUAGAAUAUCGUAAAAUUUCAAAAAACAAAAACAAGACAGCGCUUAGAAGACCAAAAUCGCCUAAAUCCCAAUGCAUUUUACAGCAAUUCCUAUUUGUCAAGCA